AUGUCUUCCAAGAAACUUACCGACUUUCCUGACGUCGAGGCGAAGCUCCAGAAGCCGUCGAAGCAAUCCGCGUUCGAGAAGCAGAAAGCUGAUGCUGAGGCUAAGCGUAAGAGAGAAGCUGCUGAAACCGCCGCAGUAUACGAGAGUUUUGUUAAGAGUUUCGAUCACGACGAUGAUGAGGAUGACAAUACGGGCCCUACUUCCCGUCCGCCACUCGCGUUUGGUGCUCGACCUCAGGGCGGUCCUCCCGGUCGCGAAGGUGGUAGACCAAUACCGCCAAAGCGACAUUUUGGCGGUGGGCCAGGUUUGAAGAGUGGCCCUGGAUCUUUGGGUCCUCCUCCAACGUCCUUUGGUAGCAAGAGGAGACUUGACACCCAUCAACAGGGAUUCAAUAGGAAAGCCGCAGAUAAUACGCGGGGUCGGCUUGGAUUCCACGAUGAUGAUGAUAGCGAUGGUGGCCAUGUCCUACGACCUAAAGUUAUUUCCAAAGUUUUUAAUGCAAGCGAUGACGAAGGCGACACAAGAUCGAGGGACUUGGCCGAGCAAAAGGCUAUAGCGAAGCCUACGCUCCGCCUAGCGAAUCUUCCACCGGGAACAUCUCUUGCAGUCAUAAAAGCUCUUAUGCCACCGAGCUUGACUGUAGAGAAUGUGAAGAUCUUACCUCCCACUGCAGGAAGCACAGAGAGGAAAUCUAUAGCCGCCAUUGUUACGUUGUCUAAGGAGACCCCCGCUACGGAUAUCGACGCGACGGUCAGUUCUCUACAGAAUCGAUAUCUCGGUUACGGUUUCUAUCUGUCGCUACAUAGGCAUCUGUCGUCUGCUGUAGUAUCUACCAUGGCUACGCCGAGUCUCACGUCUUCGUCUACCUCUCAUGCUUUCGGCGCAAAACCAGUUCCGCAAGCAAAUGACAGUAAUUCUCAUCAUCCGGGUGGAUUUCACCGUGGGUUUGCUCCGCCAACGUCUUAUAGUACAGGGGGAGGACCAAUAAGUCGAACUAUCUUUCAUGUCCCGGUACAAGCGCCGAGAGAUAUCAAACAACUUCAACUAAUCCAUAAAGUCGUUGAAUCUGUAUUAGCUCAUGGCCCAGAGUUCGAAGCCCUUUUGAUGUCGCGGCCCGAUGUACAAAAAGAAGAGAAAUGGGCCUGGCUCUGGGAUGCACGUAGUGAAGGUGGUGUCUGGUAUCGGUGGCGACUCUGGGAGGUGAUCACAGGCGGCCAAGCCAAGGUUGGCCGACAGGGGAAAUACAUACCACUAUUCGAAGGUAGCCAUGCUUGGAGGGUACCUGAAAAGGAUUUGCCGUACGAAUAUGCUACUGCUAUCGACGAAUUCGUAUCAGACUCGGAGUACAACUCUUCUGACGAAGAAGACUAUGAGGAUGAAGGGCACAAGCCGAUAGAUGGUAGCGAUAACGAGAAUACUUACUUGAAUCCGCUCGACAAAACAAGAUUGACACACUUGCUAGCUCGUCUCCCGACGACAUUAUCAAAGAUUCGGAAGGGCGAUAUUGCUAGGGUAACAACUUUCGCUAUUACCCAUGCGAGCAGAGGCGCAGAUGAAAUUGUAAACAUGAUCGUAGCCAACAUCAUCAAGCCAUUUGCGUUAACUUUGGCAAACCCAGAGCAUGGGAAACCUAGUAAAAAUGGAGAGGACCACGGAGAGUCGCUCAACUCGACACCUUUUCCCGACGACGCAAACGCAAAGCUAAGCGAAACUCAGGAUACGAGUGCUGCAAGUCUUAUUGGUUUGUAUGUCGUGAGCGAUAUUCUCUCGUCAUCCGCCACCAGCGGGGUUCGGCAUGCUUGGAGGUACCGCCAGCUCUUCGAGGUAUCUUUUAAAAAUAACGACGUUUUCGAGAUUUUAGGCCUUACAGCAGAACGCCUCAAUUGGGGUCGUCUGAGAGCAGAUAAAUGGAAACGAAGUGUUAAGUUAGUAUUGGGGUUGUGGGAAGGAUGGUGCGCGUUUCCGCACGAGAGCCAACAGCUCUUCAAUGAGACAUUUGAAAACCCCCCAAGUGCGAAGAAGGAGGAACAGGUUGAUGAGACCACUAGGAAAGGCAAAUGGAAAACUGUGGAAGCCGGUAGCUUGGCUACUACGCAAAUCGAAGGGAAAGGGUUCGUGCCUCUGCCUGCAGCUGGGGAAGUGCGGUAUGACAACGAGGCCGCUAAGAUGGAUAUUGACGAUGUGGAUGGUGAGGCGAUGGAUGAGCAUAUGUCAAUGGACGAGGCGGACCUGGAUACCGAUAUCGAUGGCGUCCCAAUGGAUGACAGUGAAGAUGGAGAACCCAUGGACGAAAGUGAAACGAAAGAUGCGGAACGAGAUAACCCCGCUGGUAAAACGGCGGACAAGGGUAGUCAAAGUGGUGAAGGAAAAUAUGCCGAAGAUAUUGGAAAUGCCGGUUCAAGUAGCUUGUCUAAGGAGCAAUCAGCUGGGACCCAGUCCAGGAGGCGUAUGAGAGCCGUCGAUAUGUUUGCAGACUCUGAUAACUCCGACAAUGGAAAAUGA